CAGGAAAGCGGCAAUAAGAAUACGUAAAAACAAAUACGAGAAUAACAAAAAUUAAGACGGCACGCAGUCAAAACAUGGCAGUCAAAACAAAAGUCAUGCAUGUUAGUUGCUACAUUCUUGUGCUUGUGUUGCUAUCAAAUCUCGAUGCCACAUCGGCCGAAGCCUUCGACACACAUCUGCGUGGUCCCGGCUUUGUGAUGGAGCCACCCGGACGUGUUGAAUUCUCCAAUUCGUCUGGCGGUUGGCUUGAUUGUUCGGCAUCGGGUAGCCCGCAGCCAACCAUCGAUUGGGUACAUGCGGAUGGCACAGCAGUCUCAGAGAUCCACGGGGUGCGACGUGUACUGCGCAAUGGCACGUUGGUGCUCUUGCCAUUUCCGGCGGCGGCUUAUCACCAGGACGUGCACAAUACGAUUUAUCGCUGCAUCGCUAGUAACAGUGUGGGGCGCAUUGUGUCGCGCGAUGUGCAAGUGCGUGCCGUGGUUGCGCAAGCAUACAAAGUGGAUGUCGAGGUGCUCUCUGCCGCCCGAGGUUGUACUGCCAUAUUGCGCUGCGUCGUCCCGACGUUCGUAAAGGAAUUGGUGAGAGUGGUCUCAUGGGUUCAUGAACCUGCUAUCUACAUCUAUCCAUCGCUGCAAGGAGAUGGUAAAUUCCACUUACUGCCCACCGGUGAAUUACUUAUUCACAAUCUACAGGAGAGCGAUGAAUCACAAUCGUUUCGUUGCCGUAGUAUGCACCGUUUAACGCGCCGAGUGGUUGUCAGCUCGCCUACUCGUCUCAGGAUUAACUCUCAUCGUGGCAUCAUUUCCCCAAGCGUCGUCGAGCACACCUCUCAUGUACAAGUUUCACAAGAUGAAGGCGCUGUUCUGUUGUGCGUAGCUCAAGGUUGCCCAUCACCGGAGUACAGCUGGUAUACACACAACGGUCCUGGUCCAUUACCCGUGCUCAGUGGCCCACGCGUGCGUCUACUUGGUCCGAUAUUGGCCAUCGAAGCGGUAACGAGUGAAGAUUCUGGUGUAUACAAAUGUACGGCUAGCAAUGUGGGCGGAGAAGCGAGCGCUGAAUUACGUCUCACAGUGGCCGCGCCUAUACAAGUAGAGAUCUCACCAAAUACGCUGAGUGUACACAUGGGCGGCAAUGCGGAAUUUCGUUGCAUUGUUACGAGCAAUGGGAGUCCGGUGGGUAUGCAGAAUAUUCUUUGGUACAAAGAUGGACGACAAUUGCCAUCAUCAGGUCGCAUAGAGGAUACAUUGAUGGUGACACGAGUGAGUCGUGAAAAUCGUGGCAUGUAUCAAUGUGUGGUGCGGCGACCUGAGGGCGACACCUUUCAGGCGACAGCGGAAUUGCAGUUGGGAGAUGCACCACCAGUGCUGCUGUACAGCUUCAUCGAACAAACACUGCAACCGGGACCGGCAGUGAGCUUGAAAUGCUCAGCAGCCGGAAAUCCAACACCGCAAAUUUCAUGGACAUUGGACGGAUUUCCACUUCCAUCAAACGGAAGAUUUAUGAUUGGGCAAUACAUCACAGUCCAUGGCGAUGUAAUUAGUCACGUCAACAUUAGCCACGUCAUGGUUGAGGAUGGUGGCGAAUAUUCGUGCAUUGCAGAGAAUCGUGCGGGAAAGGUGCAACAUGCGGCGCGCUUAAAUAUUUAUGGUCUUCCUUAUAUACGCUUAAUUCCGAAAGUCACGGCCGUGUCGGGCGAAACACUAGUCUUAAAAUGUCCCGUCGCUGGCUAUCCUAUCGAGGAAAUACACUGGGAGCGUAGCGGCCGCGAACUGCCUGAUGAUAUCCGACAACGCGUUCAACCGGAUGGCUCCUUGACCAUUAAUCCAGUACAGAAGAACACAGACUCGGGCGUGUACACUUGUUGGGCGCGCAACAAGCAGGGGCAUAGCGCGCGUCGUAGUGGCGAAGUCACUGUUAUAGUGCCUCCCAAAUUGAGUCCUUUUCAGACAUCCAUACUACAGCUAAACAUGGGUGAUCGCGCAUCACUUACCUGUUCCGUGGUUAAGGGCGACUUGCCUCUAACCAUCACCUGGCGCAAAGAUAACAGACCCAUCGACCCGACGCAACACAUGUCCGUGAAGCAGGUGGAUCAGUACAACAGCAUAUUGGUAAUUGAAAAUCUCGGCUCCGAUCACACAGGCAACUAUUCGUGUGUGGUGCGAAAUUCCGCAGCGGAGGUGGAGAACUCGCAGGCGUUGCUUGUUAACGUACCACCACGUUGGAUUGUCGAGCCGACCGAUGCAAAUGUGGAACGCAACCGCCAUAUUAUGUUGCAUUGUCAGGCGCAGGGAGUGCCAACGCCCAGCAUUGUUUGGAAGAAGGCUACAGGCAGCAAAUCCGGUGAAUAUGAGGAGGUGCGUGAACGACCAUUUACCAAACUGCUGACCAACGGCUCGCUGCUACUGCAACAUGUUAAGGAGGAUCGAGAAGGCUUUUAUCUAUGCCAAGCGAAUAAUGGCAUCGGUACUGGCAUGGGGAAAGUUAUACAGCUAAAAGUGAAUUCUUCGCCUUACUUUUCAUCCACUUCACGCUCGGUAACGGUGAAGAAAGGUGAUACAGCAAUUUUGCAAUGCUCAGUCAGCGGUGACAAGCCGAUAAAUAUCGUUUGGAUGCGUUCGGGCAAAAAUACGCUGAAUCCAUCAACAAAUUACAAAAUUUCGGUGAAGCAGGAAGCUACGCCUGAUGGUGUUUCUGCUGAACUGCAAAUCCACAUGGUGGAUGCCAGCGAUAGUGGGCCAUAUUUUUGUCGUGCUAGCAAUCUCUAUGGCAAUGAUCAGCAAUUGGUGCAGCUGCAGGUACAGGAACCACCUCAACCACCAACCGUUUUGGAGGCUGCUAUGAUUUCCAGCCGUUCAGUGAAUUUGAAAUGGCAACCGAAAACAAUGAAUACGGCGGAUAUCUCGAAAUAUAUUGUUGAAUUUAAGGAAAUGGACUCGCUCUUUAUCGAGCAGUGGCAACAUGUUGAAGCCAAGGAUCCGCCUUCAUUCACUGCGUUAGUCGAAAAUCUGAAGCCAGCAACACGUUAUUCCUUUCGCGUGAUAGCCGAGGGCACUGCUGGCCGUAGUGCACCCAGUCAAGAGUUAGUGGUGCGCACCGAACCGCAGCGCCCAGCCGGACCACCGCUCAAUCUCUCAGUACGUCCGUUGUCUUCCACUGAGUUGCUCGUCAGUUGGUUGGCGCCGCUUGCCGAACUACGUCAUGGCGAUAUACAAGGCUACAAUGUUGGUUACAAAUUGGCCAGUUCGGGCAACUCUGCAUACAAUUUUACCUCAGUAUCUGGCGAUGGCGAUGGUGGCACUGGCGAACUCUUGUUAAGUGGUCUACAAAAAUUUGCACGUUACAAUGUGGUUGUACAAGCCUUCAAUCAGGUGGGACCGGGACCCCUCUCCGAACCAGUAUCGGCGCAAACAAUGGAGGAUGUACCAAGCCGACCGCCAGAGGAUAUUCGCUGCGCUGCGCUGACCUCACAGUCGCUGCAAGUUUCCUGGCAACCGCCACCGAUAUACCACACCAACGGUCUACUACAGGGUUACAAACUAAUUUUCGAACCCAUUCUUGAUGACUUUUCGCUUAAUAAAGACGAGGUUGAAUCACGGAAGACAACCGCAUUAACCACAGUGCUGACAGGAUUACGCAAGUACACUAACUACAGCAUUCAAGUACUAGCACACACACGUAUGGGUGACGGCGCGCUGUCAAACCCACUUUACUGUCAUACCGAGGAGGAUGCGCCCGAAGCACCGGCAGACAUGAAAGUAGUCGUUAGCUCACCACAAUCUUUAUAUGUUUCGUGGCUGCCACCUACAGAACCAAAUGGGGUCAUUACAAAAUACAACCUUUACACGCGCGUUGUAAAUGGUCGAGAGGAGUUGAACAAUGAGAAGCGUAGUCUACCAUCACAGCAGGCGCACUAUGAGGCGAAAAAUUUGCACCCACACAUGGAAUAUCAAUAUUGGGUGACGGCUUCUACGCGUGUUGGUGAAGGCAAAAGCUCGCGUGUUGCAUCUCAAAUUACAACAAAUCGUGUACCUGCACGCAUUGUCUCCUUCGGCGGUCCUAUUGUGCGUCCAUGGCGUUCAACCGUUACGUUGCCAUGCACGGCGGUCGGCAAACCAAAACGUGAAUGGUAUAAGGCAGACUUGCCGCUGCGACAAGGUGGUCUGCACAACUCACAGUUACUUGAUUCAGGUGACUUGAUUAUAUCAAGUUUGCAGAUUUCGGAUAGCGGUAACUACAGUUGCCAGGUGGACAACGGCAUUGGCACAGAUCGUCUCACGCACGUAUUGCUAGUGCAAGUGCCACCAUCGGCGCCGGUUUUGUAUGUGACUAGUGCAACAUCGAGCAGUAUUCUAAUGCACUGGAAGUGCGGAUUCACUGGCAAUGCACCCAUUACAGGCUAUACGCUCUUCUAUCGUCGUGCUAACAGUAAUAUGGAUGAGAUGCUUUUAUCACGUCACGCAUCUAGUCACGAACUGAAGGGUUUGGUGUGUGGUAGCACUUAUCAAAUCCAUUUGACGGCUCACAAUAAAGUGGGCACUUCUCCGGCCAGCAUCACUCUGCAUGUGCGCACGCAAGGUCAGUCUCCCGGAAUGCCAUCAACUACCAGCCUGAUUGCGCCGAACUCUACCUCGGUAUUGGUGCGAUUACAUACAUGGCCGGACAAUGGCUGCCCUUUGCUUUACUUUGUGCUACAAUAUCGGCCGGUAACCGAUGAAGUAGAGCGCGAUUGGAUACUGGUAUCGAACGCCUUAAAACCGCAACGUCGUUUCACUAUUUCCGGCCUACAGCCAUCAACUCUGUAUCAGCUGCGCAUGGAGGCGCAUAAUGUGGCCGGUGUUUCUCAGGCCGAAUUCACAUUUGUCACGCUCACUAAGGAUGGAGAGCAGCCACCGCCGGAUAUUGUGCAGCGCGGUCAACGUGGCGCCAAUGUUUUCUAUGGAAAUGUGAAUCUAUUGAUACCGAGCAUUGCUACGUUGUCAGGCAUGAUUUGCACAAUUGCGCUAGUAGUCAUGUGCUAUCGACAUAAACAAGGAAAUCGUAUACAAAAGGAAUCGCUGGAGAAUCGUCAGAACUCGGAGGCAGCACAACGGGAACGGUAUUAUGCGACCAUUCACAAAGUGUCGAUGCAGAAUAAUGACAAAAUUCCUGAGACAUCCGAGGAUAUUUCACCGUAUGCCACAUUUCAAUUAUCCGAGACGGGAAACAUGUCACAGCCACAUCAUGCCGGCCCAGCUAAUACGCUUUUGCAUUCCUUCAUGUAUCACGAGCGUGCAUUGACCGAGGGUUGCUCUUCACCACCACCCGCAGCGGUAUUAAAACCAACCCAACACCACAACCACCACCAUCACCUCAACUAUCAUUACAACCACAAUCAACGUCCAACAAAGACAAACUAUAAUCAUUAUCAGACCUCGCCAUUUCACAAUAUCUCUUCCAAGAAUCGCCGCCGCCAUUCGCGUAAAACCGAACCAGAGAGUGAAGAAUCCGAAUCAGAUCAGGAUCAAUUGACAUCAAGCCGCACGGAGUCAUCCAAUCAACAUGAGGGGAAAAUUAAACAUAGUAUCAUCUACCAUGGAGCACAAUCAAGCACAUCCUCAGAUCUCUCACCAAUGUCCGAGCAAAAAUCAUUGCCACGCCGCGGUCGCUCAAGGUACCAUCAUCAACAAUAUCAGUUUUCCACAAAUACAACACCGCGCCAUCAUAACAGUAGCAAAAAUAACAACAUGAACACCACAUCUGCAAAUAACUCGACAAAGAUACUAUCACCACGCGGUGUUUGUGGUAGUGCUGGUGGUGGUGGUGGUAUUGGCAGUAUAGGUGGUAGUGGUAGUGGUGGUGGUGGUGGUAAUCUAAAAUCAAUAUCAAGCACAUUCAAAUCACAAGACUCCAUACAAUGCCAUAUACCCACGCUGGUGAAGUCACCAUCUGUAACACAACAACAACAUCAGCAACAACUACAAAAACAUCAUCAACUACAAAAAACCAAUGUCACCACCAAUGCAACCACAAAUAGUUUAAAUAGUACUAACAGUAGUAGUUGUAGUAGUAGCAUCACCACCUCCAAUAAAAACAAACUAUCACAGCAACAACCCAUAUUGAUAACCCCAAAAAUAGCACAUCAUCCACAACAUCACAAUUUGAUCAGCGCUUCACACCCCACACAUCAACUUAAUCAACCUGAUUCAACCACAGACCUUCUAGACAGUAGUUGUAACAAUCCCAUUGCAUCAGUAGGUCCCGUUACUUGCAUGCCAUCAUCACAAUUCCGACCCAUACCCCAUAAAACAGUACCCGCUUCGGUGGCAAAUGCCAAUGUGAGCGGCGAAAGUGGUGGUACCAUACUUAAUCCAUCCACCGCACCCUUGUCGUCGAAAUUCUUUUCAGCCACAACACUACCUAAAUAG